AUGCUGCAAUAUGUGUGCUACCUCCUUUCACGUCCCCAGCAAUCCCUGUGGUCGCGCAAGUUCAAGCACGUGUAUGGGGUGGAUGAGGCGGGGCGAGGGCCGCUGACAGGACCAUCGGCAACCCCUCUCCCCUCCCUCCCUUUCACUCCCCAUCCCGCUCUCCUCCCAGCAAUCCCUGUGGUCCCGGGGGGUCAAGCACGUCAAUCCCUGUGGUCCCGGGGGUUCAAGCACGUGUACGGGGUGGAUGAGGCGGGGCGAGGGCCUCUCGCAGGGCCCGUGGUGGCUGCUGCUUGUGCCGUGCCUGCUGGGUUGGAGAUCCCAGGUGGGUGGGUGCUGUGCGGUGCAGUGUGGUGUGGUGUGGUGUGGUGUGGUGUGUAUGUUCUGACUGUCACCUGCAUCCCGCUAGUGGUGGGGUCGCUGGCAGGGCCUGUGGUGGCUGCUGCAUGCGCCGUGCAUGCUGAGCUGGAGAUUGCAGGGCCUGUGGUGGCGGCUGCUUGCGCCGUGCAUGCUGAGCUGGAGAACAGAGGUGGGUGGGUGCUGUGUGUGCUGCCUUCCUUGCCUCACUGCCCUACUGCACUCACUGUGGACAUAGUGGGGCCAGCGGAGAUCGAUAGGGUGAACAUCCUCGAGGCAACGAUGCUAGCGAUGGCAAACACUAUUGCUAAAGUGGUUGAGGACCCCCAAAGUCCAUCCCCUGACUAUGUGCUAGUGGACGGUAACAGGGUUCCUAAGGGGCUGCCCUGUGCUGCCGAGGCUGUUGUCAAGGGUGAUGCCACAUGCUAUGCCAUCGCGGCUGCUUCCAUCCUUGCCAAAGUGACAAGGGAUCGACUCAUGCUCAAAUUCGACAGGCUCUACCCAGCAUACGAUUUCAAGCAGCACAAGGGCUACGGCACAGCUGCGCACAUGAAAGCACUCCUAGCUCACGGUCCUUGCCCCAUCCACCGCCGAUCCUUCGCCCCAAUCAAGGACUGGACUGUUCUAGACGAGAAAUGA